GUCACAUCUCUUCGUACUACAAGCUACAUAUUGUCAUGGCCGACAAUGCCCCCGUCGCCGAAGAGGCGAUCCAGAAACCUACGGAGGUGAAGCAGGCCGAGCAGGCCGACAAAGUCGAGAACGGUGCGCAAACCGUCACUGAAGCGCACGUUGAAGCCAAUGCGCAAUCCAAUGCUGAAGGCGCCGGCGAAGACGCUGAGCCGAAGAGCAUCCCCAAUUUUGAUGGCGUCGACGAGAGAGACGACGAAGGUAACAGGAAGGGUCGCGACAACAAGCGCUACGGCGGCCGCGACAACAGGCGCUACCAGAGAGAGAGACCUACAGAGGAUUACGAACAACUCCCUGAGAGUGAUGACCCCGCUGAGAUUCUCGACCAGCUCGAAUUCUACUUCUCCACCUCCAACCUUGUCACCGAUGAGCAUAUGUUCAAGGAGAUGAGAGGUCCUGAGAACCGCCCUAUCUCCCUCAAGCACAUUUCCGGCUUCAAGCGCAUGCGCCGCUUCCGGCCCUACACUGCCAUCGUCGCCGCUGCCCGCAACUCUGAGAGCUUGGAGCUCGUUGAGGACGACGAGUUCCGGGGCUCCGGUAACGAGGGAAUCAGACUCAAGGAGCCUAUCACCGUACCCGGAUACGAUGGCAACAAGGGAACGCCCUGGGAGGAGCUCUUCAAAGCCUUCAGGCAGCACAGGCGCCAGACCUUCAACCACCUCGAGGUCAGCAUCUACGCCAAGGGCUUCGGCGAUGAGGAAAAAGCCGGGCAGAUUGCGAUUGAGAAGUUCUUCAAGCCGUACGGCGCAGUGGUCGUGCGCAAGCGCCGUGACGACGACACCAACAAGUGGAAGGGCAGCGUCUUCGUCGAGUUCGACAGCCCCGAAAGCCAGAAGGACUUCCUUGCUCUCGAUCCUAAGCCCAAGUUCAACGAUAACGAGCUCGUCAUCAUGGGCAAGAAGGAGUACAACGAGAUGAAGUGCAAGGAGAAGGGUAUCGAGCCUGGCUACCCUAAGCAGAGGAAUCAAGACUCCCGACGUAACGGAGGAGGCCGUGGUGGACGUGGUGGUCGCGGUGGUCGCCCCAACGACCACCGCCGCCGCGACCGCAGCAACUCCCGCGAUGGAGGCGACAAACGCGACUGGAACGGCCGCCGUGACAAGUUCCAGAAGUCCCACGAUUUCAAGGGCGGUGACCGUCGUGGUGGCCGUGACAAUCGUCGUGGUGGUGAUCGUCGUGGCGAUCGUCGUGACGACCGUCGCGAUACCAGGUCUUCCGACAAGAAAAGCGAGCCUUUCGAGCUUCAACGGGACGAGGACGGCGUGCCCAUCGUUCGCGACUCCCGCGGUGAUGGCGAGUCCAGGCCCAACAAGCGCAAGGCCGACGACGAGAAUGCCAGCAGCCCCAAGAAGUCCAAGAUAGAGAUCAAGGAAGACGCAUAGACGUUGUGGGAGCCCUACUGAUGUUUCCACAUCACCUCUCUGUCUAGCCUCCCUGAUACCUCAUUUCUUCCCCGUCUUUCAUUGCUCUUAUCUGCAUACCCUCUUGUGCAUAUGAAUCCGUCCAUCCGACGAAGGAAAAAGCAAACUCCACCGGCGUUCCAAGGCGUUUCUCCAAUCCUUCUUCAAUUUCCCAAAUCAUCAGCACGGCACUAAGGAAAAAUCAACAUCAUCGAUGGACG